ACCUUGGUCCCACAGAGGAGAAACAGGCCAGGCCAAUGGGAGUGGAUGUCAAGCCUAAGGCAAGAAUGUGUGUGUGCACGCGUGCCUGUGCCUGUGUGCGUGUGCUGUAUGUGUGUGUGUGCCUGCGCGUGUGUGCACGCGUGCGUGCCUGUGCGUGUGCGUGUGCUGUAUGCGUGUGUGUGUGCGUGCGCUGUAUGCGUGUGUGUUGAGGUGUGUGCAUCCCCCAGGAAACCCCCCACGCCUGGGACCUCCUCAUUCCUUCACACUCCCAACCUCCGUUUCCAUUUUCUGUGUCCAGAGCUCUGUUCCAAGCGCCUGCUGCCCUCAUUUGCUCUUGUCCCUUCCCCGCCUCCUCCCCCUACCUCCGCCUCUGGGCCUGGUUCGCCCUGUCCCCGAGUCUCCAGCCCUUUCCAUCUGUCUGGCCUGAGACUUCACAUGGUGGGGCCUUGCUGCCUCGUCCCCUGCCCCAGCCUUUGCUCCACUCCUGAGCUCUCUCCCCGCUCUGCAGCCUUUCCUCCCUGCUGGCUGACUGGCUGGCUCUUGAUGCUGUCUCUCUCUUCCUCCCACGCAUUCUCCUCUCCCUCUUCCUGAUCCCCAGCUCAGGCCGCUGCGGCCUGAUCAGUCCUUUCCCUCACCAGUCCUCUCCCUCCAUCAGCCAGCUCCCCUUUCCCAUGUUCCCUCUUGCCUAUUCAUCUUCACUUUCUCUCUUUUCCUCCUCCCCUCUCUCAUCCUCUUGGGUUCUCCCUUCUGCAUAUCUUCUUUCUGUCCCCCUCUGCCCCCUCCAUCAUCCCCCACCACCUGUUUCCCUUUCUCCUCUCUGCUCACAGCGUCCUCCUCUCUCCAGCCCUGGGAGGCCUGGUUUCUGGGAACUUCCAUCCUCCAGGCCACUUUCCAUCUUCCCCUUCCUCCGUCUCCUCUUCUGGGGACACAGGAUGGGGAGGACUGGAGAGCACCAGGCAAGCUGUGAGAUUGAGAGGACACCGUGGGGUCAGGGUGGGGAUUCUAGGAUGUUGUGGGAUGCUCUGGGAAGGGGGAGGUUGCUGACAUUUCACCAAGAAGAUGGAUGGGGAGGAGGUCUCUGAGCCUAGGGAGCGGGCAAGCAGGUUCUGGAGUGAGAACUGGCAAGACAGGAGUUGGGGAACAGGAAGGUAAGAGGUCCUGGGUCAGGGGCCGGAUAGGGAUAAGACUGUGAAAUCAGGGUGGUGAAUGGAGCUGACAGAGCAAGGAAAGGAAGGCCCUGGAGACAGGGAUGGUACAGAGUGUUUGUGUGAAUUCUGUGGAUGCUAGGAGUGAGGGAAAGAAGACUAGAGAUGCUUUUUGUAAGGCAGGGCCAUUAAAUCCCUGAGCAGGGGGAAGAGGAGGUAGGGAGCCUGAGGGGUGGUAGUUAGUACAGAGCUACUGUAGAUCAAAGCUUAGGAGCAGAAGAGGGUGGAGGGAGAGAGUGUUGGAGGCCAUAAGCAUGGGGUGGAGGUCUCAGGACAAGGCCUCACCUGGGGAACAAGAGAAGCCCCAAUUUUCAGAAGAGAGGGGGAGUUGAUUGAGAAGUGUAAGAUUGUUACUUGAGAAUAAUCUUGAGGGUAUGAAGGAAGGGUAAGGGAGAAUGGUGAUACACUCUCUGGGGAAUCAGAAAUUGAGAUGGAGUAGCUGGGUGCAGUGGCAUGUGCCUGUAGCUACACAGGAGGCUGAGGUGGGAGGACUGCUUGAGCCCAGGAGUUCAAGGCAGCAGUGAGCUACGAUCACACCAUUGCGCUCCAGCCUGGGUGACGCAGCGAGACCCUGUCUCGGGAAAAAAAGAAAAAAAGAAAUUGGGAUGGAGGAUGAGGCCACGACAUUGGUAAGGGAUGGGGCUGGAGGGUGUGAUAGGGCCAGGGAAGCGGAUGGAGAAUGGAGGCUGGAGGCUAGGGUUGGAAGAUGGAUGUUGAAGGGCGAGACAGGGAUGGAGAUGGAGCGUGUGGGAUGUGGGCAGAGACAGGGAUGGGAAGUAAAUGAAUGUCGUAGUGGAUGAAGGUGGGUGUGCUGGGAAGGAGGUUCCAGGAUAGGGAUGGGAUGGGGAUUGAGGAUAGGCUAUGGGAUGGAGGAUGAACACGUGGAUGAGAUUUUGGCAGUCAGUGGCUGUUGGUUGGACAACAGCAUUUGCUGAGAUGUGAAGGGUUGGAGGGUGGUGGUAAUCGAUUUAUGGGUGUGAAAUCUGUGAUACAGCUUGAAAAUGGUUGGUAGUUUGUAGGCUUGGGAAAUAGCAGUAGGAGAGGGGAGGGACCCCUUUGGACGGGGAGAGCGGGAAGGAGACUGGGGAAUCCUUGCGCUUGGGCUACUGCAAAUACAUGUUUCUUUAAGGAGGAAGUAGGUUGGGGACCCCGGAAGGAGGCUCUUGGCGGCCUCCCCCCAUUGCCAUAGAGACGUGGCUUCGGUUGCCCUGGCAAUUGGGGAAGCCCCUAGGACCGGCCUAAAGCUGGCCCCGCCUGGGAGUCUAGAGACCAGGCGAUUGACGUCAGGGACCUGGGCACGCCCCACUUUAACCCCUUCCCGAAUGAAGUUGGGGGAGGGAAUGGAUGAGCGGGAUAGGACCCGGAUGUCUUUCACCACUCCCCCUUCCUGACGUCCUUUGCACUGCGUAGGGUGAGGGGCGUAGGGGAGCGAGGAAGGCAGGUUAUUCAGAAUGCGCUGCGCCCACCAACCUCUUCAGCCCGGCCUCCUCUCGGCCUGGCUAACGCUGGGCGGGGCCCAGGGCAGAAGAGGCGGGGCUAGCGGAAACCUGCGCUCAGGAGUUUGGUCGGCCUCAGGCCACGCCCCACCCCCCUGUUGUCCUGACGACGGGGCCUCCUGGAGGCCAAUUCUCCCCCUGUGAUUGUCAACACAGAUACCCUAGAAGCCCCAGGAUAUGAGUUGCAGGUGAACGGGACCGAGGGGGAGAUGGAAUACGAGGAAAUCACAUUGGAAAGGGGUAACUCAGGUCUGGGCUUCAGCAUCGCAGGUGGCACUGACAACCCACACAUCGGUGACGACCCGUCCAUUUUCAUCACCAAGAUCAUUCCUGGUGGGGCUGCGGCCCAGGAUGGCCGCCUCAGGGUCAACGACAGCAUCCUGUUUGUAAAUGAAGUGGACGUGCGCGAGGUGACCCACUCGGCAGCGGUGGAGGCCCUCAAAGAGGCAGGCUCCAUCGUUCGCCUCUAUGUCAUGCGCCGGAAGCCCCCAGCUGAGAAGGUCAUGGAGAUCAAGCUCAUCAAGGGGCCUAAAGGUCUUGGCUUCAGCAUCGCAGGGGGCGUAGGGAACCAGCACAUCCCAGGAGAUAAUAGCAUCUAUGUAACAAAGAUCAUCGAAGGGGGUGCUGCCCACAAGGAUGGGAGGUUGCAGAUUGGAGACAAGAUCCUGGCGGUCAACAGUGUGGGGCUAGAGGAUGUCAUGCAUGAAGAUGCUGUGGCAGCCCUGAAGAACACGUAUGAUGUUGUCUACCUAAAGGUGGCCAAGCCCAGCAAUGCCUACCUGAGUGACAGCUAUGCUCCCCCAGACAUCACAACCUCUUAUUCUCAGCACCUGGACAACGAGAUCAGUCACAGCAGCUACCUGGGCACCGAUUACCCCACAGCCAUGACCCCCACUUCCCCUCGGCGCUACUCCCCAGUGGCCAAGGACCUGCUUGGGGAGGAAGACAUUCCUCGAGAACCGAGGCGAAUUGUGAUCCACCGGGGCUCCACGGGCCUGGGCUUCAACAUCGUGGGUGGCGAGGACGGUGAAGGCAUCUUCAUCUCCUUUAUCCUGGCCGGGGGCCCUGCAGACCUCAGUGGGGAGCUGCGGAAGGGGGACCAGAUCCUGUCGGUCAACGGUGUUGACCUCCGAAAUGCCAGCCACGAGCAGGCCGCCAUUGCCCUGAAGAACGCAGGUCAGACGGUCACGAUCAUCGCUCAGUAUAAACCAGAAGAGUACAGCCGAUUCGAGGCCAAGAUCCACGACCUCCGGGAACAGCUCAUGAACAGCAGCCUGGGCUCAGGGACUGCCUCCCUGCGGAGCAACCCCAAAAGGGGUUUCUACAUCAGGGCCCUGUUUGAUUACGACAAGACCAAGGACUGCGGCUUCCUGAGCCAGGCCCUGAGCUUCCGCUUUGGGGACGUGCUGCAUGUCAUCGAUGCUAGUGAUGAGGAGUGGUGGCAGGCACGGCGGGUCCACUCUGACAGUGAGACCGACGACAUUGGGUUCAUCCCCAGCAAACGGCGGGUUGAGCGACGAGAGUGGUCAAGGUUAAAGGCCAAGGACUGGGGCUCCAGCUCUGGAUCACAGGGUCGAGAAGACUCGGUUCUGAGCUACGAGACAGUGACGCAGAUGGAAGUGCACUAUGCUCGCCCCAUCAUCAUCCUUGGGCCCACCAAGGACCGCGCCAACGAUGAUCUUCUCUCCGAGUUCCCCGACAAGUUUGGAUCCUGUGUUCCCCAUACGACACGGCCCAAGCGGGAGUAUGAGAUAGAUGGCCGGGAUUACCACUUCGUGUCAUCUCGGGAGAAAAUGGAGAAGGACAUUCAGGCGCACAAGUUCAUUGAGGCCGGCCAGUACAACAGCCACCUCUAUGGGACCAGCGUUCAGUCCGUGCGAGAGGUGGCAGAGCAGGGGAAGCACUGCAUCCUCGAUGUCUCGGCCAAUGCCGUGCGGCGGCUGCAGGCGGCCCACCUGCACCCCAUCGCCAUCUUCAUUCGCCCCCGCUCCCUGGAGAAUGUGCUAGAGAUUAACAAGCGGAUCACAGAGGAGCAAGCCCGCAAAGCCUUCGACAGAGCCACCAAGCUGGAGCAGGAGUUCACAGAGUGCUUCUCAGCCAUCGUGGAGGGUGACAGCUUUGAGGAGAUCUACCACAAGGUGAAGCGUGUCAUCGAGGACCUCUCAGGCCCCUACAUCUGGGUUCCAGCCCGAGAGAGACUCUGAUUCCUGCCCUGGCUUGGCCUGGACUCGCCCUGCCUCCAUCACCUGGGCCCUUGGUCUGGACUGAAUUGCCCAAGCCCUUGGCUCCCCCUGGCCUCCCUCCCACCCCUUCUUAUUUAUUUCCUUUCUAACUGGAUCCAGCCUAUUGGAGGGGGGACACUCCUCUGCAUGUAUCCCCGUGCCCCAGAACUGGGCUCCUGAAUGCCAGGAACCUGGGCUCUGGGGGGGAGCUGGGCUCCUGGUUCCGAGCCCUUGCUCCUUCGGAUCCCCGCCCCCGCCCGCCCCCAAUGCACACACAGACCCACCGGGGGCCACCUGCCCUCCCCCAUCUUCUCCCACACACAUUCCAGAAGUCAGGGCCCCCUCGAGGAGCACCCGCUGCAGGGAUGCAGGGCCACAGGCCUCCGCUCUCUCCUGAGGCAGGGUCUGGGGUCACCCCUGCCCUCAUCGUAAUUCCCCAUGUCCCUUGAUUUCUCAUUUAUUUUUUCCACUUUUUUUCUUCUCAAAGGUGGUUUUUUGGGGGGAGAAGCAGGGGACUCCACCGUCGGCCCCUGCCUUCCACACGCCCCCACCUUUUUUCUUUGCCGGUUUGCAUGAGUGGAAGGUCUAAAUGUGGCUUUUUUUUUUUUUUUUUUUUCCUGGGAAUUUUUUUUGGGGAAAAGGGAGGGAUGGGUCUAGGGAGUGGGAAAUGCGGGAGGGAGGGUGGGGGGCAGGGGUCGGGGGUCGGGUGUCCGGGAGCCAGGGAAGACUGGAAAUGCUGCCGCCUUCUGCAAUUUAUUUAUUUUUUCUUUUGAGAGAGUGAAAGGAAGAGACAGAUACUUGAAA